GGGGGGGGCAGAGGACGUGGUCACCGAGGGGAGCCCCCGCCCCCCUUCGCAGAAGCCUAUGGCUGGGGUUGCAGGAAGAACUGGAACUGGGCUGGCCAUAGGGGGAAGCGGCGCGUUAAAUCCGCCCCCUCUCCAUACCCUACUUUCAAGGGGUGGGCGGUAGAGGGGAGGUUGGGGUUGGAGCAGCGGCGAGGGGGCCCCUCCCUUGCACCUCCCCCCACCGGACUUGGUCGCGCCCGAAGUGUAACACUUUCUCUUUGUCGGAGGAGCUCCUCUGUUUCCUGUGCAGUAGCUCCCGUUGCGGCGGCACCCGUGGCAGCCCUGGCGGACGCAGGAGCGAUGGCAGCGACCGAUAUAGCUCGCCAGGUGGGUGAAGGUUGCCGAACUGUCCCCCUGGCUGGACAUGUGGGGUUUGACAGCUUGCCUGACCAGCUGGUGAAUAAGUCCGUCAGCCAGGGCUUCUGCUUCAACAUCCUGUGCGUGGGAGAGACAGGUUUGGGCAAGUCCACCCUCAUGGACACCCUGUUCAACACCAAGUUCGAAGGGGAGCCAGCCACCCACACACAGCCGGGUGUCCAGCUCCAGUCUAAUACCUAUGACCUCCAAGAGAGCAACGUGAGGCUAAAGCUCACGAUCGUUAGCACAGUUGGCUUUGGGGACCAGAUCAACAAAGAGGACAGCUACAAGCCCAUCGUGGAAUUCAUCGAUGCGCAAUUCGAGGCCUACCUGCAGGAAGAGCUGAAGAUCCGAAGAGUGCUACACACCUACCAUGACUCCCGAAUCCAUGUCUGCUUGUAUUUCAUUGCCCCCACGGGUCAUUCCCUGAAGUCUCUGGACCUAGUGACUAUGAAGAAGCUGGACAGUAAGGUGAACAUCAUCCCCAUCAUUGCCAAAGCAGAUGCCAUUUCGAAGAGUGAGCUAACAAAGUUCAAAAUCAAAAUCACCAGCGAGCUUGUCAGCAACGGAGUCCAGAUCUAUCAGUUUCCUACAGAUGAUGAGUCAGUGGCAGAGAUCAAUGGAACCAUGAAUGCCCACCUGCCGUUUGCUGUCAUUGGCAGCACAGAAGAACUGAAGAUAGGCAACAAGAUGAUGAGGGCGCGGCAGUAUCCUUGGGGCACUGUGCAGGUUGAAAACGAGGCCCACUGCGACUUUGUGAAGCUGCGGGAGAUGCUGAUUCGGGUCAACAUGGAGGAUCUGCGGGAGCAGACCCACACCCGGCACUAUGAGCUGUAUCGCCGCUGUAAGCUGGAGGAGAUGGGCUUCAAGGACACCGACCCUGACAGCAAACCCUUCAGUUUACAGGAGACAUAUGAGGCCAAAAGGAACGAGUUCCUAGGGGAACUCCAGAAAAAAGAAGAGGAGAUGAGACAGAUGUUCGUCCAGCGAGUCAAAGAGAAAGAAGCGGAGCUCAAAGAGGCAGAGAAAGAGCUGCACGAGAAGUUUGACCGUCUGAAGAAACUGCACCAGGACGAGAAGAAGAAACUGGAGGAUAAGAAGAAAUCCCUGGAUGAUGAAGUGAAUGCUUUCAAGCAAAGAAAGACGGCGGCUGAGCUGCUCCAGUCCCAGGGCUCCCAGGCUGGAGGCUCACAGACUCUGAAGAGAGACAAAGAGAAGAAAAACUCUUACUGUUUUACAGUUAACUCUGCUGUUUGCUGCAUGCUGCAUGAGACCCAGGGUCCUGUUUGGGCUUCCUGUAGACACCCUUUUCCUGCGCAACAGAGCUGGGCCUCCCUUUCUCUAAUUUCCCCCUUAACAUGCCUGGGGGGCAUACAAUCCAACCCGCGCCCUCUCCUCUCUUCCUGCCAAGGUUUAUAGAAACCUGAGAGUCUGAGGGUGAUGUCUGGCCGCUGGUCAAGAAGCCAACAGUCAUGUGGCUCGCAGAUGCAUCCUGCAUCCCAGUCCCCCUCCCAGCACCCCCAGCCAUCCCCCCUGUCUUCCCCCACAUCUUUGCCAGAGGUGUGACAUGGUCAGGGGGCCCAUCUGCUACUCUUCCCCACCAGCUCCCCUGUUCCAGUUCUGGUUGCUGUUAGUUUCCCUGAGGUAUUUGCAACCACCAUGGCUGGGUAACCACCGAUCAGCACAGCUGUCCCCUUGGUCUCCUGUAUCCCAGUCACUAGUCUUCCCUGGUCCACCCCACCCUCAUCCUCAGGAGCCAUAGCCAUUUCUUAGAGGGUUUCAAAAGGACAGCCUUUGGCACCUUUUCCUUCUAACCUUUGAGUCCAGCCCUUUCCAGUUUUCAUUCACUCGAAGUAACUGCACUCAAGCUGUGCUCAAAAUCUGCAACGCAUUUAUUUACACCAAGCCCUUCCCAUAAAACACAACUGCUGAAGAAAAUAGCAGACGUUUCCCCUCUCUCUAACUCUGGGUAUCCCACAGAUGCAAAAGGGAGAAUAAACCUGAAUAUUAUUACCAGCCUAGAGUCUUGAAUGAUAGCCUUACCGAAUUCUUCUUGUGAGGUAUUUCAGCAUCUCGGGGGGUAAUUUCCGGAAGGGCUCCAUACUGUCCCAAUAAGGUGAGGCCAGUAGCAGGAAUAAUAAAUCCCACUCUGUAGGCUGGAAAACUGAGCUGUCAAAGAAUCAAGUGUUUGGGGGUUUGCUCUGAUGAGUCUUCUAGUUCAUUUGGUGAAUGUCAUGAUGAUUUUUAACAUGCAUUUUGCAUGCAUUCCCCAAUAAGAAGAGAUGAGACUCGGCUGGAGAGAGGAAAAGAGGUGUUACACCUUGGAAGGCCCUUAACUUUCUUUCCAAUUUAAGGAGUUGAGAGUUUAAAAAUAUUCCAGCCCUAAGUUUUUAUCACGGGUCCCAUCUGAUAGUGGCUUUGGGAACCUCUGUGAAGUAGAGAGCCCUCCCUUGUCAGGGUUAUGAGGCACAGUGGCCUUUGGUGUUUGGCCAGUGACAGUGUGAGAGAUGGAGUUGACCUGGCAAUGAUCUGUGGCUAACAUGCCGUCUCUCUGCCCUUCCUUUGCAGUAAUCCAUGGCUGUGUACUGAAUAGUAUUCCCCGCUACAGCUGGACUGGACUCCAUUUAGCCUUUUAAGCCGAGGUUCCUAUUUUAACUGACAGCUUUCCUUUGGGGUGCCAGGCAGCCAGGCCCCCCACCCCUAUCCUGCCAUGUACUUCAAGCUCACUUCUUCUUUUUGAGUUCCGCAACUUGCUCCUGCCUCCCAGCCCCACUGGCACUGACCAGGACCACCUACUUCUAUUUUUUUUUUAGAGUUUCUUUUUUUGAUCACUUACUUUCAAAGCACACAGUCAAACAAGGUUAUGCCAAAUUUUCAGGCCUUUUUGAAGUAUUGAGAAGGGGAAGGGGAUUUCUCACUUCAAUUAUAGAUCAUAAUAGGAAGCAAAAGGAAAAAAAUGAAAAGCAAACAUAUGCACGUACUUUUCUUGUUGACAAAGCAAGAGUGUAGGUUUGCUGUGUAGGUUUGGUGCUCUAUUGAUUGGUGAGUGACCAGAGCAAGUAUGAAGGUGAUGCUGCCAAAGCACAAGCCAGUUUCUUGGGAAAAUUCAAGUUACAGUGGAGUAUUUUUUUUGAAGACCAUAUGCUUGGAGGUAGAAACAAACCAACGACCAAAAAAAAAAAAAAAAAAAAUCUGCUCAGAUACUUAGCCAGUAGCUCAGAGAGAUGCUGAGUUAGGCCUGUCAGGUCUCCUUGGGAAAGGCUUCAUAUUUGCAACUUUGAUGAUUCUAUGUCCAGCUUCAGAGCUGCUUUCCCAGAAAUUCACACUUAAACAACCAACCGGUAACUACCACCUCCCCACACCGCCGCCUGGUAAUUAUUUGCAUUACAAACCGGAGGCGCCCUCAUUUGCAUUUGUGUACAGAUUAACUACUUAAGGCUUGAGAAGCUCUGAAUAAUUCAAAAGUAUUAGACCCACACAGCCUUUGAGAGACCUUCAGAAACUAGGGAGGAGUUUUAUAUUAAGGGAGACAUUUUAGUCAGUAAGACGAUAUAACCUACUUACUCCGUAAGGGGAAAUGAAGGCCCAGAGAAGGGAAGGGACUUGACCGAGGUCCCACUUCUGUUUCGAGGCAGAAGCCAGACUAAUUUUCAUGCCUCCUGACUCCCAAUCAGUUUCACAAAGGGAUUCAAUCUGUUUAUAUACGUUACAUUCCUGGAUACGAGGUCUUUUGAUGUUCGGAGUAACUGACUAGUUAGUAUUAGAAGACCCUCGAGGUUUUUUUCCACAGAAAAACAUCUGAAGAUGGAUUGGGUGAGGGCUGGCAAAACGAAGGCAUGCCGGGCCAGCUCCUUAACCCAAUGACCCAGUGAUGCUGCAAGGCUGGAACGGGGUCCAGGAGACUGUGUGUAACAGGUGUCCUAGGUGACCCUUAUAAUCAGGGAAGUUUGGUGAACAAAAAUCGAACCCAUGAGUGAACAUAAAUUAAAAAGUUGAUCAACCUAUUAAAAUGUGUAUUUCAUUGGAUAGCUUUUCUCACUGUAGACAGAUUUUUUCCUUCUUCAAUGAAAAGGCUUUUAAAUUAGUACAACUGUUACUAUUUAAAAAAAAAAUACCCGAAGUACUCUGUUUACUUCUGGUGAAACAAAACCAGUCAUUAGAAAUGGUCUGUGCUUUUAUUUUCCCAGACUGGAGUGGCUUUUCUGAAACACACACACACACACACACACACACACACACACACACACACGUACACACAUCCCUCACUUCUCUUAAGCCAAGAAGUUUGCUUUCCCUAGCUGCAGUGUAGAUGGCUCUUGUUUUUGUUUUUUUGUUUUAAUCAUUUGGCAUUCACAUGUGGCUGUUAAUAUGUGCUUGUUUUUAAUUAAAACAAGAAGCUUUAAA